CCAAAAUUUGCCCUCUUUAUUUGAGAUAUAAGUUAAUAAUGACAUUUAUUUCGUCAUUCAAAAACGGAAGAAAAAUAAUAAAGAGUUCUUGAGAUGUUAAGGUAGUAAAGUGUGAAGAAUGGUUUAAAACAGUGAAAGUACGAGAAAAUUCACAAAUACUAUUUGGAAGGUGAUAUGAGUUAAGUUCCCGCGUUGUCCCCACUGUUUCGACGAUAUCUACAACUUUCGUGUUCGGCUCGGAAGCCAAUUCUUUGAGGAAGGUCGUCAAAUUUGCAAAUUAUUUGAGGUUUCGUAGUAAAAAACAGUGCUGAAUGUAGGGUUUCGUGCCUCGGAAAAUUCAUAUCUCCUAAUCCGCCUGUCGGAUUCGCUUGAAAAUUUAACUGGAGCUCCGUGUCAUCAUUACCAAGAUUUCAUAUGUUCGGACCAUCGGCCGAUUAUGCACCAAAAGUGCCCAGCAUUUUGAAGAACAUUGUAAUCUUUCGGUGAAAAGUGUGUUUUCGGGUAUGUCGCGCCGAGUUCAAAAAUUCAUAACUUCUUCGAUUUUUAUCGUAUGAAGUCCAUUCCGGCGGCAUUUUCUCGGAAAUUUCGUUAUCUUCGAUUCUUCGUCACACAUGCUAAGUCAGAUUUCGAGCCGAUGUUUGAGUUUUAUCACGUUCUUUGAGCGGUACUCGCAAAAUUCUGCACAGUCGCUCCAGAUGAACCGAUAUUUCUCGUCAUUCAAACGCGCAUGAUUUCCUCACCGUUUUUCGGAUUGAGACGAUUCUCGCGGCUACGAGUCACAAAUUUGGUCAUCUUCGCAGUGACGUUCGUUUUAUUUCCAAAUUUCGCACCGAGUCAUAUUUCCCCGAAAACGAGCAAAAAAGAGAUACGUCGGGGGCAUUUUUGACAUUUCACCAUUUAAACUAUAUAUACUUUUUUCCCUCUUUUUCUCUCAUAAUUCCACUUUUACCAAAAAUCACACAAACAACAUUCAAUUCUCUCUCCCUUCUCUCUAGAAUCAAAAUACAAAAAAUUAAAAAAAACUCAAGAACGUGAUGAUGAAGAUGAUGAAGAUCACCUAACUAAAACUCAUUGCCUCGCCGAUCGUCACCUUCUCAUACUGCCGCUCUAUACCGCUUGCCGAUUGUCACUCCUUCUCCGUGACGUCAGUCAACGAGGAUCCAAGCAACGCUGUCCGUCAUCACCGUUCGACGACGCAACGCUGUCUGUCAAGCUUCUCUCGAUCGUCGCCGUUCAAGCUUUGUUUUCGCAGCACUUCGUUCGGUUAGUUCUUCUUCAAUUCUUGUGUUGACAUGCUGAAGUAGAUUUAAUUAUAGUUGUUGAUGGAAAGAGUGAUGUAUAGACCUUAUUUGUGCUUUGUGUAGUAGUAAAUUGGCGUUACUAUCAGUUGAGGUAUCUUGAGAAUUGGUGGAGAUUUUUGAUAAUUUGUAUGCGUAAGGCUUGCGUUGUUUUGGUUAGGAAAUUUGCGAAAACGACGAUGAAAUUAAUUGGCGGAUGGCGUUGUUUAGUUAAAAUUGUGUGAAUCAAUCAAAGCUUAUAUGAGAAUUUGCUGUGCUUGAACCGAAUGAUGCGAUGAACUGUGAAAUGCUUCAUGUUAAAUCAGAAAUGAUACAGAGUAUUAAUAAAAAAUAUUGUUGGUGUGAUAAUGCUUGAAGUUGAUUCGUGAAGGGAAUAGAUGGAAAUUAAGUGUUGAUUGAUACAUUGAUUAGAGAAGAAUAUUAUUGUUGAAAUAUGCAUUCCAUGUGUUUGCCUAAAUGAUUGUAUGAUUGUAUGAUUUUAUUGUUUUUUGUUGAUGACAUUUAGUGUUAGAAUAAAGCAUGCUUGUGGUGCUCAUAAUCAUUUAAUCUUGUUGUUUUAAAAGUGUUGGUUUGAAGAAAUUCAUGAAAGUUUCGGUGGUGAUUAAAUGCUAUCAUUCUAAGCUUGUGCGUGAGUAUGGUUAAUGAAUGUUCGGUAACAAUAUGAUUGUGUAGUGUCAAUGGAGUUCAAAUAUACAUGCUGAAAAUUGUGGUUGUGUUUGAUGGAUAAUUGUUGGAAAUGAUAAUGAUAAUUGUUGCAUUUGUUGUAAGUUCUAGAUUGUUGCAAAUUAGUGAUUGAGAUAAUUGUGAGAUGAUGUGAUAAGGUGUUGGGAAUUGCUUCAUGAAGAAAUCUGAAUUGGAAAUGUAGUUUGUCGAUAGAGGGAAGCAUGGUUUAUGUGUGUAUUUUUUUUUAGUUAAAUGUGAAGUUUGAUCUUACUUGAUGAUGUGCAUAUGCUGGAAAUUUUGAGAUGCCAUUGCUUAUACUAGUUCAUGGAAUAAUCACAAACUAUUAGUUGAAAAAUGCUUGAGGAGGUUGUCACUGUUUGUGUUGCAAAGAAUGUUGUUAUGAAAGGUUCUAUGUGCUAAAGGUGAUUCGAAAUGCUUGUUAAUUGUGAUAUGGUCUCUUGUUGCUAUUCUUGAACUUGAAGCCUUAUGCAUAUUCCGUGGAUUCUUAAGUCCUUUGUUUCGUGGAGUUACUUGUUGGAUGAUUUACAAACUUAAGGUACAAUAUUAAGGACUUGUUGUUUGUGCCACUUAAAAAAAAAACAUGUCUUAUGCCAACAUUCCAAUUUGUGUUUUGUAUGCUCUCUUGUGUCCAUCACCAUGUAUCAAUAUCUUGUGCUUAUGUGUGUUUUUGUAACUUGUUGGGACUGUUAUAGAGAUCUUAAAGUGCAGAAUUUUGGUUGGCAUUGUUUGUGUCACAUUUCAUUUAUUUUGCCUUAUGAAAGUGCUUGGAAACUAUGGGAAUAAAAUGUGGAUGGGUUCUAAUUGUUGAUAUGAGAUAUAACAUGGUUUGUGAAGUUAAUGGGGACUGUUUUUGAACAUGAAAAUGCAGUUUUUGUUUUGUUUAUGUAGUUGUUGGUGCACUUCAAUCAUUUUGUUGAUUCAUGGGAAUGUAGAAACUAAAAGAAUUUGUGAUGUAUUUGGCUUAUGAUUGAGUUGUUGAUACAAGAUGGAAGUGAAGCUUAUUUGAAUGAUUAAUUGGUGUUAUUAAGUGCUGAAUUUUUUUCUGUUAUGACAUGCAUGCUAUUUUUUUUCUUUCUUUUUUAAAUUUCGCAAACGGACGCGACGCGUUGGCUUUCAUUGAAUCUGUCAUAUCUUUCUUACCGCUUUGGAUUUUUGCAAGUAUGAAUAGUGUUUCUUGAGUGGAAUAUGUUGUUUAGAACUGUUUGAAAGCGUUUAUUUUCGGUUUUAGCCGACUUUUUUUACCGUUUUCGCUUCUGCCCCGUCUUGAAAGUCGCGCUUCCGGGCCGAUUUUGUAAAUUCUAAUUGCAUAUUUGACUUCUUUAGCACGUUUUAAGCUUGCAAUAAAAUUUUGGAUUAAUUCUGACGAGUUUAGUUUUCACUGUUUUUACCCGGUUUUGCCGUUUCGGUGUACCGUUGUGCAUGUAAAUACUUGUGCUGGCUUCCGUAGUUUUAGUGUACAUAUUUGAUUUGCUUUUGAAUACUAUCUCAUGUUUCUUCUUAUUCGCUUUUGUUAUGUUUUCACUUUCUAUUCCGUUAUCCAUUUCCGGUUUCAGCUUAUAAUUCAAUAACGCAAUUCCGAUUGCGGUGUCUUGUUAUCUCUAACGUGUGUGUUAGUAUGCAAGGCAACAUGGAGGCUCUGGUCGAUGCCCGCUCUCGUGUUCCGCUUUAUUUGUGGGACACGACAUUUAUUCUCUCUCUGAUUCGCGUUUCUACACGCAUCCUUUAUCAUUAUACUUGCUUGUCCGGAUUUCUGUUUCCCUUGCAGGUGUAUGGUAUUCGUUGUGCCCGAUGCACACGUUGGCGCGUGAUUUACUUUCAUCGCGCCGAAUCUUGAUUGCUUAUGCGGAUUCUAAUCGGAGUGCUGACAUGUUUGCUGUUGCUUUUGCUAGCUCGCUCGCGGGAUCCUAGUUUACUCGCUCUCUUCGCUUUAGUUUACGGAUCAUCAUCCGUUUGGUAUUGAUUCCGUUUCAUUUUACUUUUCUCGCACUUUAUCGCUUUCUCGCAUCAUUCUUUAACAUGAGAAGUAGGACCUAGACAUGCAUCUGGCCAAGCCCUCGAAAGAGGCUCUGUUUUUGUUGGUAUGUUUACAUUUGUGCUUUGCGGCAGGGAGUCACGGUGUAAUAAGUCCUAUAUGGCACUCCGUUAAGUCCUCUUGGAAGGCACGCGGAAAGGGUUAGCAAUCAACCCCCGCCUAGUCUCAUCGAGUCUGUUCAGUAUGCGCACGCUACGCGUUGCUUGCUUCUGAACCUGCACAAGAUCUUGUUAUCGAGUAUGUCAGGAAAAGGGUUCAUGUAGCCGGACCCCCGCCUUUCCUAUAGCUCGCGUCGCUCGACGUUGAUGCUCGGUGUACGCACGCACCAUUUUCCUUUAUGAUCCGUGACGGCUUGGUUGCUGAGAGGGGUCCGCCCUCUUGUCUAUGGCCCGAUCAUUUUCGCGAGGUCUAAUGCUUGGUUGACUUGGGUUGAGCUGCUCCCCUUGGCUAUGGCGGGACCGCUUUUCUACCAUUCGGUCAGUACCGUUGGUUUGUUUGCUUCACGAGUGGAUGCUCGUUUGUGUGAUAUACUUGUUUGCUUCCCUCUUCCCUCGUAGGUUGAUAGUUUAGCUUAGACUUGUACCCUUUGUAUGAUAACAUUAGGUAGCAAGCUUUCCCCCUUAGCUUAGGUUUUCCUCAUGCAUUCUUUAAAACACAAACCACACUCUUUGAUUUUCUUUUCUUAAGAGCUUGUUAUUUCCGCUCCAUUCCCAAGCAUAAGUCUCCAAAGGUCGAGCAGCGGAGUGUGAAUGUAACUCGUUCACCUAAAAAACACAAAACAAACAGAAAUUAGUUAGCCGAGCUACGGUAGCUCUGAUUCUGCAAAACAGAUACGUAGGCAGCGGGGUAGGGCCCGUGCGAGCAUAAUCCUUUCUUUUCCCUACAUUAUGCAUUCAUUUUAGUCCAGAUUAGCGCAGCUUGCUUACACACCCAUAGAUUUAGACAUUAGCGUGGAUACCAUCGAGUACGAUGGGCGCGAGGGGUGCUAGCACCUUCCCCUCGCGUAACCGACUCCCUUACCCUUUUUCUCUGGUCGUGAGACCGUUGUUUUGUGGUUUGCUGGCAUUCCAUUCCUUUUCAGGAUAAAUAUGUUAGUGGCGACUCUGUUAAUUUUCGCGGUAGCGACAGCUGGCGACUCUGCUGGGGAAGUCUCGACCUAUUGCGGGUCCGGACUUAGCGAGUUGAUCCUAGCGCUUGUGUGUUUAUCUUUGGGUGUUUUUACUGCUUUGCAUAUUAUCUGUUUGCAUUGCAUUCUAUGUGCGCUUUUACUUUUCUGCAUCAUAUUCUGGACUGUCUGGAUUUCUAUCUGUGGGUGGGUGUUUCAAGAGGUAAAAGGCCCAAUACCCAGGCUAUGAGUGAUACCAUAGGAACUAGGAAUAGAGUGGCCGUGACGGACAGAAGGCGUAUGCCUGAUUGAUCUGAUCACGUAUCCACGGGCAGAGCUUGGUGGAAUGAGGCAAUAUCGUAUGAUAGCGCCUACAUUCGAUCCUCUGUUGGCUUUUUGACCUACCUUGGCCUAGAUUUACCCGUGAGUGGGGCGGGAAUCAAUCAUUGAUUAACAGGUACAUUGAUGGUGACUUUGGUUCUUGAUCGAGGGUUACCGCUGUUCUUGUUCGAGGGUUACCAUGGUUCUUGUUCGAGGGUUACUGUGGUUCUUGUUCGAGUGGUUUUGUUCCUGUUAUGAUGACUAUGGUUCUGUUUCUAUUGAUUAUGGCCCGUGAUCUACGGGGAGUUCUGAAUUGGUGCCGAACCUUUGAACCUGUGCCGUGUGAUUUCUCAGUAUCCCAGAUAUAUCCAGUAUUUCUGGUUCCCACCACUUUGCAUCAUUGCAUAUUUACUUUCCAAAAAAUGAUGUACAAAAAAUAACUAGCAUACAUGUUCCUUCCAUUUCCAAGGAAUCAUAUCUGUGAGCCUCGUGUCGAGCUUUUCCAUCUUUUGUUUGCCAAAAAUCAAAACACGAGAAUUCCUUGGGAAUUGAAUGAACAUGGCAUUGCAUUCAUAUCAUGCAUCUCAUACAUUUCAUGCAUAACAGAUGUUCUGGAUCGAGGAUUUCUUAUUCAGACUUGGUACUCUCACCAGACUCAAAGACUUCACUUGUUCUUACUGUGUGUUCAGAGAUUAGUCAUGAAACAACUUUAUGGGGUGACCAAGAAGAAAGCUCAGUUUGGGGUUCUUUUUGAAGGAUUGUCUUAUGCUCAUUUGCUUCCAUGCUUGCUUUAUUUGCAAUUGGUUAAGCUCCAUAAUGUGUUGAUGUCUACAGAUCCUCUGCUUGAUGAUGAUGACACUAGGUGUGAAUUCUAUUCUGGGGCACCUGGUCGUGAUGUUACUAUCUGCAAGUCUUUGAAAUUGCUUGGGGCUCCCGCACGAGGGAUAAGCAAGACAUUGUCUAUCUUGAGCAUUGCACCAUUUGCAUUGCUCGAAUCCCUAAUGCACUUACAGAUUCCGUGUGACUUCGCCAGAAUCUUCUGCCAGAUAGUAAUCAAGAGUGAUCUGCAAAGGCACCUCUCAUCCUCAAGGUUCUGUUUCAUAUCCAGAGUCACCUCCUCCUCUUCACGGAGUUUCCUUUCCAGUAACAUUUUCUUGUCAACAGAGGCAAAAAGAAUGUGAGAAACAAGCUGAUUUGAUCAUGACGCCUUUGUGUCUAGUUGCAUCCCUGCUUGUUGGAAUUUCAGUUGGUUCAGAUUCGUGCUUUGGUCUUCAUCACCACUGAUAGCUCUCUUGAUUUCAAUGACAAUACUUGGUGUUUUCCAUUCUCGGGGGACCUGAUCAUAAUGUCAAGUCUUACAAGGUGUUGAGGUACAAAGAGUCCAGAACUUGCGCGAUGCAGAGAUGUUUGAGUUUAUUCAUAACGGUUUCCACCGGUUAAUUCCAUUUCAUGCGCCACAAGUAGAAUGUUUGAUCCUCCUCAAGGGGUAACUCAUGAGAAUCACUUGCAAUCUCUACUUCCAAAGGCUUACUUCCUAACAGCUGUUGUGUGUUCCAAGUCGUGACUUUGAUGGCCAAGCGGCAGAGGUUAUUGUUGUUCGCCGAUAGUAAUACAAGUUUCCUCCAUUCAUGAUGGUGUUUUCUGUUUCAGCAGCCAUAUUUAGGGCUCCCGACUGAGGGAUAAGCAAGACUCCGUGUUCUUGAGUUCGCAUCUUUGGCAGCUCAAACCCCUAAAGCAUUCGCAAACUCCAGUCGCUGUUUUUUUGGGGCUCCCGACCGAGGGAUAAGCAAGACGCCUUGUAUCUUGAGUUUGUGCACCACUGGCACAACUCAAAUCCCUAAAGCUGAGCACUUACAACUUUCAUAUGGCCUCGCCAAAAUCUUCUUCCAGGAAGUGAUCUAAAGUGUUCUAAAGUAGUGCUUGGUGUGCUUUCCACUCUGGGGGCACUUGGUUAUCUGAUUGAAGACUGUAAGUCGCUAAAAGAUAAGAUUCAAGACCUGAUUGAUUCAAAGGCUGUCACAUUUGCACCUGAAGUCCAGAAUUGAAGUUCUCCUUUGACUCACUGGAUCUUUUGAAGCAAUAAGUCCAUACGGAGAGGAUCUCCUCAAUGUUGGCAUUUCUUAAAUCAUCUUGCAUGUUCAUGUUUAAGCCUUCUUGCUUUGUUCAAUAUUGUUGCAUGCAAUACUUGUUUGUUUUUGAACUAUAAUAAUAAUGCAUUGAAUAUGUUUGUCUUGAAAAAAUCCAUUCGCUUUUGCUCUUAUAUGUUUUUCUACGCUUUUUGUGAUACUCAACUCUUGUUAAUAAAGCAUGAUAAAUCUAAAGGGAGAAUGAUGAACAUAAUACCAAUAACCUCAAAUGGUAUGCUUUUGAGUAAAACCCUGUUGAUGAUGUACAGGCAUUGUUUCAUAUUCCUAAACACUGGAGAUAUAAGGGAGUGAAACCUUUGUUAACCCCUCUGAGCCUUCGAAGUAGGAGUUUCUUUUCUAUGUAGAAAAAACCCUUAUUUUAACCCUGGGGCAGGGUAGUAUUCAGUUGACCUGAUCGAGCAUUCAAAAUUCAUCAGGAGCACACAUCUAAGGAUACAAUAAUGGCUAUCUUUAAAAAGAUUGAGGAAAUUCAAAUCCACAACGGUUAUCCCUCACCUCAGGAGGUCGAGACAUCAAAAUUAUCCCUCACAUCAGGAGGUCAAGAUCGAAUAAUUCAAAGCCGUUGUGGUUUAUCCCUCACAUCAAGAGGUCAAAAUAUGACGAUACUACAAUGGUAAUUCUUCAUCUAUCAAAGACUCAGGCAGUCACUAUGCGUUUCCAACAAUUCAGAGAUUCAGGAUCACACGACUUGUUCAAAAAAAAAAGAGGAAAAAAAAGAAUGAAAAAGAAAAAGCCCGCUAAGUCAACAACUUGAAAACAAGUGACUUAGGAAAAAGUUAGGGCAUCCCGCUGGACAUCCAACUCAAAAUUCAAAAGAAUUUGUCCAGACAAAAAUUAGGGAUACAAGAAAAAAAAGCGAAAGCAAAACAAGGAUUACAAAAUAAGAAUCCUCAUCAAAAGAACAAGUCGUGUGAUCAGACACCAAAAACAAAAGGUAAAGUGGAUGUCGUGUCCAAAUACCUCAUUGAUUCCUCAAUCAUUCCAAAUUCCUCUUGAAAGAUGAAUGCUCGUGUCAAGUUAGCUGAACUUAGGAUUGGAGAACAUCAUGAAGGGGGUGGGCACCAAAUAUUUUGAGCCUAAAAAUCCUUUUUUCUAAAAACCGUGAACCUGGCCACGUUACAACCCUUAAAAGUCCUAAUUGAAGCAGGGUUGAUUUGAAAGCAGACUGUACAAGAGAAUACGGUAAGCUGACUCCUAGGAGAUCCGCUAAGCGCUUGAGUUGGUAUCACACCAUCUUUCUUUCAUAAAAAAUCGAUGUUACGACAUCCUUUCAAAAAGUUUCUUUUAACUUCAAGACAAACAUACUCUUUGCAUUAGAAUUAUAUUUCUCAUAAUAAACAUUCUUUGCAUAUGAACAAGUUCUUGACAUCAAGAAAGUUUCCACAAUGAACUUCAGAUGAAAUGUUCUAUCCUUCCGAAGGACAGGUUGUCUUUAGAACUCCGUUGAGCAGAGGCAGCAAUAUUUCAAAUUCUGAUCACCCUUAGGGGCACAGAAGCGUUUGAUUACUCUAUCGAGUAAGUUUUCAAUCAAUCUGAGGCAAUCAGGUCAAGAUUCUAAGAAUCUCUCAAAGUGCUAAGCAAUCAGGGGCAUUCACCCAAGCGUAGUCGAAGCUACUUCCAACACUGGUCAAUCAGGGCAUGGUGCCAAAAGUCAUGAUACUCGGGCAAGUCAGUUUGAUAUGAACGGAUACCAGAAGGUCCUUACAAGACGAAACUCUUCAAAGUCCCUAUCAGCUGGGGCAAGGCACUAUGCAUUGGCAUUUUAUCCUAAUCAGGAGGUGUUCAGUUUAAGUUCAGGUGUGAGCUAAACAACUUAUGAACUCGAAUACCGUCGAGAAGUCAGGGUCGUAAUCCUUAACAUUGAUCUGAGACUGAAAGUCCAAUACUUAUUGGCAUCCUCACAAUCAUACGAAUAUGCAGAACACUAUGAAAGCCAAUGCCUGUUUGGUCCCUUUGAAGUCAACACUUGCUUGACCCUUAAGCCCACUUCCAGGUGGCAUUCUCUUGGAGAAUCAAUGCCUGUUUGAUACUCUGGCCGAUACUUGUUUGGUGUUCUAAUCACUGCUUGCCUGUCAACUCAUUGAAUCCAUUGCCUGUAUGGAAAGUUUCAAAGCCAAGAUGUCUGACAAUCUGUUUGCUCUUGCAUUUUCCUAUUGUGGGUGAGCAUCACUAUCCUCUGCCAUGUGAGGAAAUCCCAAAGAUGUCAUGCUAUAUCCUGGAGCAUUUUCAUUUGUUUGUCUCGCAGGUACGUCCUUGCAAGCGCUUCGUAUCAGCAUAUCAACGGACCAAAUCAUGAGAGAUUCUCACUCCCUAGCCGAGUGCUUCAUAACGAGAUAUUCUCAUUCCCCAGCGGAGUGCAUUCAGAUGAGACUUUCUUGGUUCCAAGAUUCUCAUAUCCCCAGUAAAGCACGUCUCGAUGCAUUCUCCGUGCAUCUGAAGUCUUAUUCCCCGGUGGAAUAUUUUCUCCCCAGUUGAAUCAUGAUUGAAUGGUAUCUAAUUCCCCAGCAAGCUCUUAAUGAGGUUCCUUUCCCGAAUGCCUCAUUUUCCCCAGCAGAGUGUUUCUCUCCCCAACAGAUUGACCUGUUUUCCCCAGGAGAGUCAUCUUAUUCCCCAGUGGAAUGGUCUUAACAAAGGUUCUUAUGCUAAGUUCCUUAUCCCCAGCGGAUCUCUCAUCUCCUCAGUGGAUCGUUAUGCAGAAGUAUUCAUCUUCCCCACUGAAUCUUUCCUCAGCAGAGGUUCACAUGUAUCCUCAACAUAAUCUGUUUCCGUCAAGGAUUUCUCCAGCGGAAUGCGUUCCACGCAAGCAAGUUGGUUACUCUCCAUCAGAGUUGUCUCCAUGACUUGCUCUUAUCUCUUCAUCCCCAGUAUGUCGAGAAUUUGCUUCUCCAGUGAAGUUGCAUGGGUCUUCCCCAAGCAGUUAAGUGGGAUGUUCAUAUCUUCAAGCAAGAUUUGUUCCCCAACCAGAGCUCGCAUCCAAAUUUGAUCGUCUCCAGCAGAUUUCUGAUUCAUCUCUGUCAGCUCGUAGUUCGUGACUUCUAGUCACUCAUCUUGUCCUCCCCGCAGAGUUCUAUAAUCUCUCCAGGACUUCUUCAGCAAUUCAGUGCUCCUCCGUUGUCUCCCCAAGCAACGUUCGAAUCAUGCAUCAUUUGCAUUGCAUUCUCAAAAGCGUAUAGCGUCUUCCUUCUCGGAAACGUUAUUCCAUACACAUUCAUACAUACAUCAUGCAUAAACCAUAUCAUAUCUGUUGUUUCUUUCUACAGGAAAGUUAUCCAGAUUCAAAUGCUCCCUAGAGAGCAAUAUUCGCCUAGUCAUUACAGGCGCUUAUCCUGAUGUUUUGAAUCAGACGAGGAUUGUUCUACUUAUUUUCUGGCACAACUCAGAUCAGUUCAAAGACAUUCCUAUUCCCGAUGCCCCCAGAUCGGUGGAAGAUAUUUGUUCCUAUUCCUGAUAAAUCAGACUUUCAGUUGAAGGAACCGCCUCCGGAUCUCCCAAGAUCUUCCGAAGGAGCAAGCCCUCUGAUACAUCAGAUCAGUUGGAAAUAUCUACUCCCUGACGAUUUAGUUCGUUCAGAAGAAGAAACUCGUUUGCCCAGUCCUGAUACCUUACUAUCAGUUGAGGACGUUUUCUUUACCCGACGUACACAGUUCGGAAGAAACAUCUGUUCCUAUCCUAAUAUUCAGAUUCAGAUUAGUUGAAGGAACCGCCUCCGGAUCCCCGUGGUCUUACGAAGGAGCAAGCCACUGAUAUCAUCAGAUCAGAUGGAGAUGUUUGCCUGAUUGACUUUUUCAUUCAGAUGAAGAUUGUCCUACUUAUUUUCUGGCAUCAUGCCCAGAUCAGUUUAAAGGCAUUCUUUCCCCGGCGUACACAGUUCGGAAGAGAUAUUGUUCCUAUCCUGAUUACCAGUUCAGUUGAAGGAACCGCCUCCGGAUCCCCGUGGUCUUACGAAGGAGCUAGCCGCUAAUUCCCAGAUUAGUAGGAAUAUCUACCUGAUGAUUUAAUUGCAUCAGAAGAGAUGUCUGCCCAGAUUCCCAGAUCAUGAUUCCCAGAUCAGAGAUACUUAUUACCCGUUGAUAUUCAGAUCAACCGAUGUAUCUCCUUCGAUUCCCAGAUCGACCUAAGACAUCUAUCCCGAUGCAUGUUCGGAGACAUCUGCUACGUCUGAUAUUCAGAUCAGUCGAGAUGUUCCUUCUCUUGAUGCCCAGAUCAUUUGAAGUAUUUUCCCCUGCUUGUGGGUGCCCGUUCCCUCUUAUCACAAGUUGGAGCAUAUUUAUUAUCCAGAUCAAUUGAAGUUUUUUCUCCCUGCUUGCGGGGUGGUACAUUCCUUCUUAUCACAAGACGGAAUCUUCUAUUGAUCAAGAGUGCAAAUUUUCGAGUUCAUUCUGGUAUUCAAUCUCCUUCCACCUCAACUGUUCGAAACUUUCGUUUCUCACUCGCCAGGUUCAAGAAGUUUGAAUAGGGGCAGCUGUUGCACCCCAAAAUUUGCCCUCUUUAUUUGAGAUAUAAGUUAAUAAUGACAUUUAUUUCGUCAUUCAAAAACGGAAGAAAAAUAAUAAAGAGUUCUUGAGAUGUUAAGGUAGUAAAGUGUGAAGAAUGGUUUAAAACAGUGAAAGUACGAGAAAAUUCACAAAUACUAUUUGGAAGGUGAUAUGAGUUAAGUUCCCGCGUUGUCCCCACUGUUUCGACGAUAUCUACAACUUUCGUGUUCGGCUCGGAAGCCAAUUCUUUGAGGAAGGUCGUCAAAUUUGCAAAUUAUUUGAGGUUUCGUAGUAAAAAACAGUGCUGAAUGUAGGGUUUCGUGCCUCGGAAAAUUCAUAUCUCCUAAUCCGCCUGUCGGAUUCGCUUGAAAAUUUAACUGGAGCUCCGUGUCAUCAUUACCAAGAUUUCAUAUGUUCGGACCAUCGGCCGAUUAUGCACCAAAAGUGCCCAGCAUUUUGAAGAACAUUGUAAUCUUUCGGUGAAAAGUGUGUUUUCGGGUAUGUCGCGCCGAGUUCAAAAAUUCAUAACUUCUUCGAUUUUUAUCGUAUGAAGUCCAUUCCGGCGGCAUUUUCUCGGAAAUUUCGUUAUCUUCGAUUCUUCGUCACACAUGCUAAGUCAGAUUUCGAGCCGAUGUUUGAGUUUUAUCACGUUCUUUGAGCGGUACUCGCAAAAUUCUGCACAGUCGCUCCAGAUGAACCGAUAUUUCUCGUCAUUCAAACGCGCAUGAUUUCCUCACCGUUUUUCGGAUUGAGACGAUUCUCGCGGCUACGAGUCACAAAUUUGGUCAUCUUCGCAGUGACGUUCGUUUUAUUUCCAAAUUUCGCACCGAGUCAUAUUUCCCCGAAAACGAGCAAAAAAGAGAUACGUCGGGGGCAUUUUUGACAUUUCACCAUUUAAACUAUAUAUACUUUUUUCCCUCUUUUUCUCUCAUAAUUCCACUUUUACCAAAAAUCACACAAACAACAUUCAAUUCUCUCUCCCUUCUCUCUAGAAUCAAAAUACAAAAAAUUAAAAAAAACUCAAGAACGUGAUGAUGAAGAUGAUGAAGAUCACCUAACUAAAACUCAUUGCCUCGCCGAUCGUCACCUUCUCAUACUGCCGCUCUAUACCGCUUGCCGAUUGUCACUCCUUCUCCGUGACGUCAGUCAACGAGGAUCCAAGCAACGCUGUCCGUCAUCACCGUUCGACGACGCAACGCUGUCUGUCAAGCUUCUCUCGAUCGUCGCCGUUCAAGCUUUGUUUUCGCAGCACUUCGUUCGGUUAGUUCUUCUUCAAUUCUUGUGUUGACAUGCUGAAGUAGAUUUAAUUAUAGUUGUUGAUGGAAAGAGUGAUGUAUAGACCUUAUUUGUGCUUUGUGUAGUAGUAAAUUGGCGUUACUAUCAGUUGAGGUAUCUUGAGAAUUGGUGGAGAUUUUUGAUAAUUUGUAUGCGUAAGGCUUGCGUUGUUUUGGUUAGGAAAUUUGCGAAAACGACGAUGAAAUUAAUUGGCGGAUGGCGUUGUUUAGUUAAAAUUGUGUGAAUCAAUCAAAGCUUAUAUGAGAAUUUGCUGUGCUUGAACCGAAUGAUGCGAUGAACUGUGAAAUGCUUCAUGUUAAAUCAGAAAUGAUACAGAGUAUUAAUAAAAAAAUAUUGUUGGUGUGAUAAUGCUUGAAGUUGAUUCGUGAAGGGAAUAGAUGGAAAUUAAGUGUUGAUUGAUACAUUGAUUAGAGAAGAAUAUUAUUGUUGAAAUAUGCAUUCCAUGUGUUUGCCUAAAUGAUUGUAUGAUUGUAUGAUUUUAUUGUUUUUUGUUGAUGACAUUUAGUGUUAGAAUAAAGCAUGCUUGUGGUGCUCAUAAUCAUUUAAUCUUGUUGUUUUAAAAGUGUUGGUUUGAAGAAAUUCAUGAAAGUUUCGGUGGUGAUUAAAUGCUAUCAUUCUAAGCUUGUGCGUGAGUAUGGUUAAUGAAUGUUCGGUAACAAUAUGAUUGUGUAGUGUCAAUGGAGUUCAAAUAUACAUGCUGAAAAUUGUGGUUGUGUUUGAUGGAUAAUUGUUGGAAAUGAUAAUGAUAAUUGUUGCAUUUGUUGUAAGUUCUAGAUUGUUGCAAAUUAGUGAUUGAGAUAAUUGUGAGAUGAUGUGAUAAGGUGUUGGGAAUUGCUUCAUGAAGAAAUCUGAAUUGGAAAUGUAGUUUGUCGAUAGAGGGAAGCAUGGUUUAUGUGUGUAUUUUUUUUUAGUUAAAUGUGAAGUUUGAUCUUACUUGAUGAUGUGCAUAUGCUGGAAAUUUUGAGAUGCCAUUGCUUAUACUAGUUCAUGGAAUAAUCACAAACUAUUAGUUGAAAAAUGCUUGAGGAGGUUGUCACUGUUUGUGUUGCAAAGAAUGUUGUUAUGAAAGGUUCUAUGUGCUAAAGGUGAUUCGAAAUGCUUGUUAAUUGUGAUAUGGUCUCUUGUUGCUAUUCUUGAACUUGAAGCCUUAUGCAUAUUCCGUGGAUUCUUAAGUCCUUUGUUUCGUGGAGUUACUUGUUGGAUGAUUUACAAACUUAAGGUACAAUAUUAAGGACUUGUUGUUUGUGCCACUUAAAAAAAAAACAUGUCUUAUGCCAACAUUCCAAUUUGUGUUUUGUAUGCUCUCUUGUGUCCAUCACCAUGUAUCAAUAUCUUGUGCUUAUGUGUGUUUUUGUAACUUGUUGGGACUGUUAUAGAGAUCUUAAAGUGCAGAAUUUUGGUUGGCAUUGUUUGUGUCACAUUUCAUUUAUUUUGCCUUAUGAAAGUGCUUGGAAACUAUGGGAAUAAAAUGUGGAUGGGUUCUAAUUGUUGAUAUGAGAUAUAACAUGGUUUGUGAAGUUAAUGGGGACUGUUUUUGAACAUGAAAAUGCAGUUUUUGUUUUGUUUAUGUAGUUGUUGGUGCACUUCAAUCAUUUUGUUGAUUCAUGGGAAUGUAGAAACUAAAAGAAUUUGUGAUGUAUUUGGCUUAUGAUUGAGUUGUUGAUACAAGAUGGAAGUGAAGCUUAUUUGAAUGAUUAAUUGGUGUUAUUAAGUGCUGAAUUUUUUUCUGUUAUGACAUGCAUGCUAUUUUUUUUCUUUCUUUUUUAAAUUUCGCAAACGGACGCGACGCGUCGGCUUUCAUUGAAUCUGUCAUAUCUUUCUUACCGCUUUGGAUUUUUGCAAGUAUGAAUAGUGUUUCUUGAGUGGAAUAUGUUGUUUAGAACUGUUUGAAAGCGUUUAUUUUCGGUUUUAGCCGACUUUUUUUACCGUUUUCGCUUCUGCCCCGUCUUGAAAGUCGCGCUUCCGGGCCGAUUUUGUAAAUUCUAAUUGCAUAUUUGACUUCUUUAGCACGUUUUAAGCUUGCAAUAAAAUUUUGGAUUAAUUCUGACGAGUUUAGUUUUCACUGUUUUUACCCGGUUUUGCCGUUUCGGUGUACCGUUGUGCAUGUAAAUACUUGUGCUGGCUUCCGUAGUUUUAGUGUACAUAUUUGAUUUGCUUUUGAAUACUAUCUCAUGUUUCUUCUUAUUCGCUUUUGUUAUGUUUUCACUUUCUAUUCCGUUAUCCAUUUCCGGUUUCAGCUUAUAAUUCAAUAACGCAAUUCCGAUUGCGGUGUCUUGUUAUCUCUAACGUGUGUGUUAGUAUGCAAGGCAACAUGGAGGCUCUGGUCGAUGCCCGCUCUCGUGUUCCGCUUUAUUUGUGGGACACGACAUUUAUUCUCUCUCUGAUUCGCGUUUCUACACGCAUCCUUUAUCAUUAUACUUGCUUGUCCGGAUUUCUGUUUCCCUUGCAGGUGUAUGGUAUUCGUUGUGCCCGAUGCACACGUUGGCGCGUGAUUUACUUUCAUCGCGCCGAAUCUUGAUUGCUUAUGCGGAUUCUAAUCGGAGUGCUGACAUGUUUGCUGUUGCUUUUGCUAGCUCGCUCGCGGGAUCCUAGUUUACUCGCUCUCUUCGCUUUAGUUUACGGAUCAUCAUCCGUUUGGUAUUGAUUCCGUUUCAUUUUACUUUUCUCGCACUUUAUCGCUUUCUCGCAUCAUCCUUUAACAUGAGAAGUAGGACCUAGACAUGCAUCUGGCCAAGCCCUCGAAAGAGGCUCUGUUUUUGUUGGUAUGUUUACAUUUGUGCUUUGCGGCAGGGAGUCACGGUGUAAUAAGUCCUAUAUGGCACUCCGUUAAGUCCUCUUGGAAGGCACGCGGAAAGGGUUAGCAAUCAACCCCCGCCUAGUCUCAUCGAGUCUGUUCAGUAUGCGCACGCUACGCGUUGCUUGCUUCUGAACCUGCACAAGAUCUUGUUAUCGAGUAUGUCAGGAAAAGGGUUCAUGUAGCCGGACCCCCGCCUUUCCUAUAGCUCGCGUCGCUCGACGUUGAUGCUCGGUGUACGCACGCACCAUUUUCCUUUAUGAUCCGUGACGGCUUGGUUGCUGAGAGGGGUCCGCCCUCUUGUCUAUGGCCCGAUCAUUUUCGCGAGGUCUAAUGCUUGGUUGACUUGGGUUGAGCUGCUCCCCUUGGCUAUGGCGGGACCGCUUUUCUACCAUUCGGUCAGUACCGUUGGUUUGUUUGCUUCACGAGUGGAUGCUCGUUUGUGUGAUAUACUUGUUUGCUUCCCUCUUCCCUCGUAGGUUGAUAGUUUAGCUUAGACUUGUACCCUUUGUAUGAUAACAUUAGGUAGCAAGCUUUCCCCCUUAGCUUAGGUUUUCCUCAUGCAUUCUUUAAAACACAAACCACACUCUUUGAUUUUCUUUUCUUAAGAGCUUGUUAUUUCCGCUCCAUUCCCAAGCAUAAGUCUCCAAAGGUCGAGCAGCGGAGUGUGAAUGUAACUCGUUCACCUAAAAAACACAAAACAAACAGAAAUUAGUUAGCCGAGCUACGGUAGCUCUGAUUCUGCAAAACAGAUACGUAGGCAGCGGGGUAGGGCCCGUGCGAGCAUAAUCCUUUCUUUUCCCUACAUUAUGCAUUCAUUUUAGUCCAGAUUAGCGCAGCUUGCUUACACACCCAUAGAUUUAGACAUUAGCGUGGAUACCAUCGAGUACGAUGGGCGCGAGGGGUGCUAGCACCUUCCCCUCGCGUAACCGACUCCCUUACCCUUUUUCUCUGGUCGUGAGACCGUUGUUUUGUGGUUUGCUGGCAUUCCAUUCCUUUUCAGGAUAAAUAUGUUAGUGGCGACUCUGUUAAUUUUCGCGGUAGCGACAACAUCCAGGAAAAUAAUGUAAUAUAGUUUUUAGAUAUCGUAGCUGCUCAUUUAAUAAAUGAUUAUUUUGUUUAAUUGGUUCAUUCUGUUUUUUUGGAUAUAGACCUGCAUUUAACAGACAAUAAAUUGAAAAACUUGACGCUCAUUGCCAUUGAGGACAUGUUGCAGUCCAAUCGAAGAAGCUUGCAUGAGUUUAAGGAUAUGCCAUAUCCCGACUCAUAUGUCACAAGAGACAUUGGCAACCGUCUGAUUUAUGACGAACGCGAUUACAACGUUAAUGACGAAAGAAAAAAUUUCACAUCUCUGUUCAAAGCACUCACAGGAAAUAUAUAUAGAGUAUGCAUAAAUCAGCGCUCAGAAGCUUUGUCUCAAAUGGUUCAGCAUGCAACAUCAGAACAUGGUCUGGCAAGACAUCAGAAGAUGGUCGAAGCAGAAUCAGAACAUGGGUCUAUGGAAGCAUCAGAAGAACAAGAGAUCAGAAGCACUGAAGUUCUGAUGGUAUCACGCUCAGAAGCACUUCAAGGUCAGAAGAUCAGAAGAUGCUAUGCACCAAGCUGUUUGACUCUGAUGAUAAUCAAACGUUGUAUUCACAAACAUCAGAUCAGAAGAAAGUACAAGUGGCAGGCUACGCUGACUGACAAAAGGAACGUUAGAAGCUAUUAAAGGCAACGUCAGUAGACACAGCGUGAACAAGGCUCGAGGUAGUUGACAAAAGCGUAUAACAUUAAAUGCGAUGCUGUACGGAACACGCAAAGCAUUAAAUGCACUCAACGGUCAUCUUCUCAAACGCCUAUAUAUAUGAAGUUCUGAUGAGAAGCAAGGUUAACGAUUCUGCACCAAAAACAACUCAUAUCAACUUGCUGAAACUCUGUUCAAAUCAAAACUCAGAAUCUUCAUCUUCAUCAAAGCUCACUACAUUGCUGUUGUAAUAUCUUAGUGAGAUUAAGCUUAAACUUUAAGAGAAAUAUCACUGUUGUGAUUAUAGCUUUUUAGAAGCAUUGUAAAACUCUUAGAAAGAUUACAUUAAGUUGUAAGGAACUAGAGUGAUCAAGUGUUGAUCAGGAUACUCUAGGAAGUCUUAGCUUGUGUCUAAGCAGUUGUAAUUAGAGUGAUCACGUGGUGGUCAGGAUACUCUAAGAAAGUCUUAGCUUGUGUCUAAGCAGUUGUUCCUGGAGUGAUCAGGUUGUGAUCAGGAUACUCUAGAAGACUUAGUUGCGGACUAAGUGGAAAACCAUUGUAAUCCGUGCGAUUAGUGGAUUAAAUCCUCAGUUGAGGUAAAUCAUCUCUGCGGGGGUGGACUGGAGUAGUUUAGUUAACAACGAACCAGGAUAAAAAUAACUGUGCAAUUUAUUUUUAUCUGUCAAGUUUUUAAAACUACACUUAUUCAAACCCCCCCUUUCUAAGUGUUUUUCUAUCCUUCAAUUGGCAUCAGAGCGCCGGUUCUAAGGUGCAAGCACUUAACCGUGUUUAGAAAAGAUUCAGGAAGAGAAAAACGCUUCAUUAAAAGAUGGCUGGUGAAUCUCAAGCAAAUCCAACUCCAUCUACAUCUGGCUCUGUUGUCAAACUCGCGAGUCUACUCAGACUCGUAAAGGGUUCGUAGACUCGACUCGCAAAAUCGACUCGUAAACUCGUACGAGUCUAUGGAAAAUUAAAAUUACUUUAAAAAACCUAUAAGUGAUACAUAUAUGACACACUCCUAUAUUUUUAAACUUGUAAAUCCCUCAUAUAUGACACAAAUAUAUAUAAUAGAACACCUAUUAACAUUAAAACUUAAAUGUCAUACUUCAUAACAAAUUUGUUAGCAAAAAGAAAUCGACAAUAAAACAAAAAAAAUAGCAAAGUAUGUAGUUAAAGACUUAUAGUACUAAAAUCUUGUCAAUUGCUACUACAUAAAGGGAAAAAACACAAAACAUAUAUGCUAAUGGCUUCCAACAUCGAAAACUCUAGUAAAAUCAUCACCACCAAUAUCAUCACCAACUUCUUCAUCGGUAUCUUGAGUAUCAUCAUCAAACUCUACCCUAGAUAAAACAUCUUCUUAAUCAUUAGCCAAUGUUAAAUUUUUUGAUGUUCCACUUCCACCUAAUUCAACAUUUCCACCACCACCACUUCACAACAUUAGUAACAACAACAUCAUCUUCCACAAUAUUACUAAUAAUAACAUCAUCUUGCUCAACAUUAAAUUUAAUUUGCAUAUUUUCUUCAUUAGGAUCUUAAGUUAUCCAUUCAUACUCUAAAUGAAUAUCUUCAAAUGAACGAACAACACUCUUCGCUUUUCCUUUUCUACUUUUCAAUUUCAAAUUGCACAUGAAAUAAACUAAAUUAUUUAUUUAUGCAACUUAUUUCUUCUCUUGGAAUGAACUUGCAAAGCAAAUAACAAUUCAACUCAAUGUUUCUAAAAAAUAAAAAUCAAAUCUAUAAACAAACAAAUAAUAAUUCAUUACCAUUUUAAAGGAACUCCAAUUUUGUUCACGACCAUAUGAGCUGCAAGUUAAGCUUCAAACACGAAUUGCAAGCCUCUUUAAUUUUGUAGUCAUAUCUCCAUGGAAAUACCGUACAAGAGACUAGGAGAGAGACUUUCUAAUUCUCAUACAAGCAAAAAAAUAAGGUUUUUUUUUAAAAUAAAAGAAAAUAUUCUGGGGAAUUUGGGCCUUUUUUGGUUUAAAACAAACAAAAUAAAAAAUACUGAUAGACUCGUAAACUCGUGAUAGACUCGCGAGUCCAUACGAGUUUAUGCGAGUCUACCCAUGUCUACUUGAGUCUAUCAAAAAACGAUUCUAUGUGUGAGUCUACUCGUUUAUGCUUCCUAGACUCGUAAACUCGUACGAGUUUACGAGUCUACCCGCGAGUUUGACAACCAUGUCUGCUGAGCAACACAAUGGAAACAAUGGUUAUACUAGACCACCAGUAUUUGAUGGUGAAAACUUUGAAUACUGGAAAGAUAAACUGGAAAGUUACUUUCUUGGUCUAGAUGGUGAUCUAUGGGAUCUUCUGAUGGAUGGUUACAAACAUCCAGUAAAUGCCAGAGGCGUAAAGCUGACAAGGCAAGAAAUGAAUGAUGAUCAGAAAAAGCUUUUCAGGAAUCAUCAUAAAUGCAGAACUGUUUUGCUGAAUGCUAUCUCUCAUGCUGAGUAUGAGAAGAUAUCUAACAGGGAAACGGCCUAUGACAUAUAUGAGUCCUUGAAAAUGACUCAUGAAGGAAAUGCUCAAGUCAAGGAGACUAAAGCUCUAGCUUUAAUCCAGAAGUAUGAAGCCUUCAAGAUGGAGGAUGAUGAAGACAUUGAAAAGAUGUUUUCAAGAUUUCAAACUUUGACUGCUGGAUUGAGAGUUCUUGACAAAGGCUACACCAAGGCUGAUCAUGUAAAGAAGAUUAUCAGAAUUUUGCCCAGAAGAUGGGGCCCAAUGGUGACUGCAUUCAAGAUUGCAAAGAAUCUGAAUGAAGUUUCUUUGGAAGAGCUUAUCAGUGCCUUGAGAAGCCAUGAAAUUGAGCUGGACGCAAAUGAGCCUCAGAAGAAAGGUAAGUCUAUUGCAUUAAAAUCAAAUAUCAAAAAAUGCACUAACGCUUUUCAGGCAAGAGAAGAAGAUUCUGAAGAAUCAGAAUCUGAAGAAGAAGAUGAACUGUCCUUGAUCUCCAGAAGGCUAAAUCAACUCUGGAAGAACAGGCAUAGGAAGUUCAGAGGCGUCAGAAGUUCAAAGAAAUUUGAACGUGGAGAAUCUUCUGAUGACAGAAGAUCUGACAAGAAGAAGGCUGUCUGCUAUGAGUGCAAUGAGCCUGGACAUUACAAGAAUGAGUGUCCGAAACUUCAGAAGGAGAAUCCCAAGAAGAAGUUUCAUAAGAAGAAAGGUCUUAUGGCAACCUGGGAUGAAUCAGAAGUUGAUUCAGACUCUGAAGAUGAGCAGGCCAACUGUGCGCUGAUGGCGACAGAAGAUGACGGAUCAGAAUCUACAUCAGAAUCAGAUUCUGAAGAGGUAUUUUCUGAACUUACUAGAGAUGAGUUAGUUUCCAGUCUAACAGAACUUCUGGAAUACAAGUCUCAGAUUAGUCUCAAAUACAAAAAACUGAGAAAGCUAUUUGAAUUUGAAACUAAGAAGCUUGAGUUGGAAAAUUCUGAAUUAAAAGAAAAACUUUUAAAAUUAUCCAAUAAUGUUGGAUCUCCUUCUGAUUCAGAAAAAUCCACUCCUAGUUUAAACCAUAUUCUGAAAGAAUAUGAUUUAAGUUUCAGGAAGUUCUUAUCUAGAAGCAUAGGCAGAAGUCAACUUGCUUCUAUGAUAUAUGCUGUGUCUGGAAAUAAAAGAGUAGGCAUUGGUUAUGAGGGUGAAACCCCAUACAAACUUGAACAUGUUGAUAAGAUGAAAAUCACAUACAAGCCAUUGUAUGAUGAGUUCAAGUAUGACCACUCCCAUGAUAUUAGGCACACAUCACAUGCACAAAGCUUUCACAUUACACACACCAAAAAGCAUGUGACACAACCUAGGAAAUAUCAUGAAACUCACAUUAAGAAUCAUCAUGCUAUUUCUCAUACUGCUUACAAUGUUAAACCCAAGUUCAACCAGAACUUGAAGAGAACUAACAAGAAAGGACCCAAGAAGAUGUGGGUACCUAAGGAUAAGAUCAUUCCUAUUGCAGAUAUCCUUGGCUGCAAAAAGGACAAAGCACAACAUGUCAUGGUUGUUGCACCCCAAAAUUUGCCCUCUUUAUUUGAGCUAUAAG